AUGACCUUCAUUUUCUUGUUCAAUCACCAUGAAAUUGAAGUCGAGACAAUUUCCGGACAGUUGGUAGUUACACGAGUGAACGCCUCUGCCAAUCAUGACAUCCAUCCUGGCGAUACGAUCACUCACGUCAACGGUAAAGCUGCACUGCAUCAAUCAGCAAUAUCUGGUCUAGCAGGACGUAUAACCCUAACGCUUGUCCCAGCAGCUAUUCAUGGAGCUCCAUCCGUAUUUUAUCGGGUAAACAGCGACUAUAACUCGGAUACGGAUGAUACGAGAAUUUGCCGAUGGUUGUCUAUAGAUGUUAAGAAAGGGGAUGUAGUGCAAAUUAUGAGUCAAGAUGAUAAUUGGCUUCAGGUAUUCUAUCGGGUAAACAGCGACUAUAACUCGGAUACGGAUGACACGAGAAUCUGCCGAUGGUUGUCUAUAGAUGUUAAAAAGGGAGAUGUAGUGCAAAUUAUGAGUCAAGAUGAUAAUUGGCUUCAGGCUAGAAAAGUAAACGAUUUGUCGCGAGUUGGCUAUCUUCCUGCAUCGCUAUCAAAAGAAAAGGUUGCAAUGCUAUGCCCAUUUGGCAGAAGAGUUCUUGUACUGCUUGGUGCCGUCGGGGUAGGACGUAGGACUCUGAAGUCGAUGCUCUUAAGAGCUGCGCCACAGUAUUUCGCUACUGUUGUUCCCUGCACAGAUGCGGAUGCUGUCCGAAUGGUAGUACGAAGUGGACGGAUGUGUGUGCUAGACUGUGCUCCACAAGCGCUUGCCCAUCUUUACAACGCUGAGUUCAUGCCUUUUGUUGUGCACAUCGUUCCCCCACAGCUAGAAGAGUUCCUACAAUUAGAGAAUUUGCGACAGCAUAAGCGACCGGUGGAUCAAUUAAGCAAAGUGAGAAUUUUCUUAAAUGUUUCUGUCCGGUUUUUCAGCAUUGUUCAUGUUCAUUUGUUGGCAAAAACGAUUUUUCCCCAUUAGAU